AUGCCCCUUGCCCUUCAACUGGACAUUGAGGAUCGUCAGGUUCUAAUCUGCGGUGUCAUCGCGAUAGUAUGUACUAGUGCCAUUGCAUACCUCUACUUGAGGCCUCACAAGGACACCUCUCCGAAGCUUGACGCAUCCAAUGGUUUGCGUGUAAAAUUCCGCAGCCAUUUCAGGCCAAAUCCCGCCGAAGACUCCAAAUGGACAGCGCGGAGAGAGUUGGAAUUCUACAAGGAGCUCUUUUUCAAGCUCCAGAACUUGGAGGACUUCCCUGACACAAAGCCUCUGGGGCGCCAGACCUUUUUAACUCUGCUUUCUCAAGCAUUGGACGACUACGUCAAAGCUCCAAGCAGCAGCAGCAUAUUGUCGAUUAAAGACUUCGACGAGAAGCAGCUUGCCCGCUUUCUUGACAGGGAACAGGACAAUGUCACCAGCCAAUAUCAUGAGUAUAUCAAUCGAAGGAAAUUGGGGGGCCCGCGCGAGCUCUUCGAAAACAAGCACAAGGCAGAAGAACGACUGCGUGAAAUGGCACCGCUGAAGCUGGUCGACGGGGCCUGGCUAGGCCAUUUCAACAAAAUCACCAUGCCUUUCGCGUUAAGAUCCAUAGUGAAGCAAGCGUGGCAGGUCUUCACGGAGGAACUGGGGAACGGCAAUGCGGAGCAACACCAUGUUAAGAUCUUCGAAGACCUUUUGGGCGCGUUUGAGCCGGAUUUGCCCUCGCCAACAACCAAGGCGAUUCUGCAUCCGCGAUACAGGCUGGGAAAUUUGAAGUACUGGAGAGCAGCAGUGGCGCAGCUGCUCAUUUCGCUGUUUCCGCAUGAGUUUGUGCCUGAAAUUCUGGGGUUUAAUAUGCAUUUCGAAGCCCUGCAACUGGAUACCAUGCAGGCCGCAAAGGAGUUGCCCGAGCUUCAUCUCAACCCAUAUUACUUUCUGCUUCAUGUUUCAAUCGACAAUAGCCACUCCGGUCAUGCGGCUAUGGCCAUGACUAGUGUCGUCGACUACAUCCAACAUCUUGCUGAGACGGAGGGAGAGGUCGCCGCUGAGGUGGGCUGGAAGAGAGUCCAGGCUGGGUAUAUCUUCAGCGAGUGGGUAAUCAAAAAGGGCAACCAGCCAACCAACAUUCUCCCCGAACUCAAUGCCGAUUCAAACGUCGGUUUGGAGUCUAGAGUCCUUGCGAUAUUCCGCUCAAAGCUCCAGGCGGCCCAUAGACUGCACUGCGGCAGCCGGGUGAAGAUCGGAGACCGAUUGCUGGCGGACUGGCUGGAUCCUGAAGCUUUCUUGGUCGAAGGAUGGCAGCAAGAAUUUAUGCAAUGUUUGAGCUCGUGUAAGCCAUGGAUAUAUCCGGGUGACAGCCAGAAGAGCAGACUUGUGCAAGAGCUACGGUGGGGAGGGCGGAUGUACGGCUCAUUCACCAAAGGCGAAGUCGAAACGCUUGAGCUUUGGAUUGAUUCCAUGGUCCAUAACCGAGUUCCCUCUUACUACUCGUUUAUUGAACCGGCGCCACGAUCGAGAUCCCUCUGCAAGGAGCCAGACACCCACAAGGUGAACGACCUCAAUAUAUCCUCCUUACUACCCCUCUGGUUCGCACAGUGCUGUCUCCUGGAAUCAUUUCUGUACGCCCCAGGGCGAACAACCGACACAACCGGCUGCGCCAUAGUGCGCUUCCUCCGCUUCCAAUCCGGCUUCGAAACAGAGCACCCCAUCGUCACAGGAAAAGACGAGUACUACAAUACAACCGAGAACGGCGGACUCGUAGACUUCGGUCUCGAAAUGCUCCGUCGGGUCUCUCCCCUCCCAGCCCCUCAAGACCUAAAUAGCCUCCUCUCCCGCUGGCCGUGCGAGUUCGCCAUGACGAUGCUCAAACUCGCCUCCAGCCCGAUGCAGAACUUCGGAGUCCUGCUCGGCAUGUCCAUGGCGUUUCUCGAAUUGCAAGAGACGGUAUCGGAGUUUUCGAACCCGCAUUUACUCUGCCCGAAGAGUAGUGAGCGGCUUGCGGCGUUGGUGAGGAAGCAAUACCAAUGUCUGCAGAUCUGUUUGCAGCAGAUACCUGCUGGAGACGGUCGCCAUGCUGACUAUCAGCGUGGAUAUGGGAUGGCGAAGGCAGAGAUAGAUAAAUGUUUUUAG